ACGCGCAGGCGAUGAACGGCGCCGCGACGCCGGCGGAGGCGUCCGCCGUGGCCGGCAAGCGCGGCGCGCCGCCGCCCCACCUGCGCUCCGUGUCCUGGUCGGAGCCCGGCGAGGGCGACCAAGACCUCGAGGUGCCGGGCACCCCGCGCACGCCGCGCACCUCCACCACGCCAGGUCACGAGCACUGCACUUUCCACCACGACCUGGAGCUGGACCACCGGCCGCCGACGCGCGAGGCGCUGCUGCCCGAGAUGACGCGGGCCUACCGCCUGCUGCUGUCGUCCCUGGGCGAGAACCCGGACCGCCAGGGCCUGCUCAAGACGCCCGAGCGCGCCGCCAAGGCCAUGCUCUUCUUCACCAAGGGCUACGACCAGUCGCUCGAAGAGGUCCUAAAUAAUGCAGUGUUUGAUGAAGAUCAUGAUGAAAUGGUUGUAGUGAAGGAUAUUGAGAUGUUCUCAAUGUGUGAACAUCAUUUGGUGCCCUUCUAUGGCAAAGUGUCCAUUGGUUAUCUUCCCACAAAGAAAAUUCUUGGACUUAGCAAACUUGCUAGAAUAGUAGAGAUCUUCAGCCGAAGACUACAAGUUCAGGAGAGACUGACCAAACAGAUUGCUGUUGCUGUGACAAAGGCUGUGCAGCCUGCAGGUGUGGCAGUUGUUGUUGAAGGAGUACACAUGUGCAUGGUGAUGAGAGGGGUGCAAAAGAUUAACAGUAAGACAGUUACUUCAACAAUGCUUGGAGUCUUCAGAGAUGAUCCAAAAACCAGGGAAGAAUUUCUCAACUUGGUGCAUUCGAAGUAAAGAGACAUCAUGCCAUUACAAUGGUGAAAGAUGGCUGUCACAAUGAAUAAAUGAGUUGGUUAAGUGAUCAAACACAGCAGAACAAAAAUUAAAGUAUUUAUUGCUUGAAAUAGGAAAAAUUCAAUAUUUACCUGCAGAAACCGCAAAACUUCUAUCAUUUGUCCAAGGGAGAUUGUUUCAAAGAUUAGUACACACACUUUUGUGAUAGUCACCUAUUAAGCAUUGUUCCUGUAAAUGUUGAUACUGUGUUUGUCCCAUUGUUACAGUGUUCAUAGAAUAUCAGUAUUUUUAGUAUGAAACUUGAUAAAUUGUUGUGUGCAUUGUUUGAAAGUAAAUAGUUCUCAUGUGGUGUUUAAAGGCUUCUUAGCCUAUCAGAAGUAUUAGCAUGAUGAAAGUAUGAGAGGACCAAUGGAACUACCUGGAAAUGUAUAUGAAUGUGGAGUAUAUUUUAAGAGACUAUUUGUUAAAUGAAAAAUUAUUUAAGACAAUCCCAAGAUUGUUUCGUAAUUUUUAAGAAUCUUGCCAGGUAUUUUAGUUAGUACUUCACGUUUUGUGCUUCAUAGAAGGUAGCAUGGGAAGGCUAUGUGGUACUUGUGGAACCUUAAUGUGUUUCUUAAAAAUAUUAAUUUCACUAAGCAAAAACCUCAUAUGAAACAGUUAUAAAAGUUAAGUGAUUAGGCAUUGUACUUUGGUAUCUACAGUUGCUUGUAAUUGUCACGAAAGA